ACUGGUGUACAGGUUAAAUUUAUAACCUUGAUCCUUGUUUAUCCCCCUAUCAGUUAGAGAUUAAUUGCGGGACUGUGGGACGGUGAGCUGUUGAACUUUAUCUUCUUUGAACCUACCAUUGUUCUUAAGAAGGUCUUCUAAAGAAUGAUUGUCACUGUACUGGACAGACUGCUGAGCUAUUGAAGUCCUUCCGUCUUUGGAGCACACGAGGAAAUUGUCCAUGGAGUUGAAAUAUUUACUGCAGUAAUUUCUGGCCUUACACAACUGAGGUUGAAUGCGUUUGGGAACUUGAUGCAUAAAUUUGCAUGACUCCUCACUCCUUUCUAGAUCGGUCCUUGGAUUCAAGCCAGCAUGGCUCACAUCACAAAGGUUAAUGGCUGUGCCUCAGGAAAAGCAGACGAUGUUCUAAACGGGGACCAUGACAAGGAACAGAAAGACCCUUAUUUCGUGGAGACUCCCUACGGUUAUCAACUAGACUUGGAUUUCCUCAAGUACGUGGACGACAUACAGAAAGGAAACACCAUCAAGAAACUGAACAUCCAGAAGAGGCGGAAGCCCUCGGUGCCAUGUGCGGAGAGCAGGCCCCCGCCCGGCCAGCAGGGCGUGUGGACCUCCACUGAGUCCCUGUCCUCUUCCAACAGCAAUGACAACAAGCAGUGCCCCGGCUUCCUCCUAGCCAGGGGCCAGGCGACAUCCACUCCCGUCACAAGGCUGCCCGCCCCACUGGACAUCUCGCCCACUUUCCUUGCCAUCCCAGAGAGUCGCCAGCUGCCACCGCCCUCCCCGCAGCUCCCGAAGCACAACCUCCAUGUCACCAAGACGCUGAUGGAGACCCGGAGAAGGCUGGAGCAGGAGAGGGCCGCCAUGCAGGCGACCCCGGGCGACUUCCGGAGGCCCAGGCUGGCCAGCUUCGGAGGCAUGGGCUCCACGGGCUCGCUCUCCUCCUUCAUGAGUUCCGGGAACCAUAAUCCGGUCAUGCACCAGCUUCAGAAUGGCUGCUACCAAGGCAACGGGGACUACAGUGGCUAUGCCCCCGCCACCGCGGCCACCACCUCUUCCAUGGGGAGCUCUGUCCGCCACAGCCCCCUGAGCUCGGGGAUCUCCACGCCCGUGACCAACGUGAGCCCCGUGCACCUGCAGCACAUCCGGGAGCAGAUGGCCAUCGCCCUGAAGCGCCUGAAGGAGCUCGAGGAGCAGGUCCGGACAAUCCCCGUGCUCCAGGUGAAGAUCUCGGUGUUGCAAGAGGAGAAGAGGCAGUUGGCCUCGCAGCUGAAAAGCCAGAACCAGAGGGCCGCGUCCCAGGGCGACCUCAGCAGCGGGGUGAGGAAGCGGUCCUACAGCGCCGGGAACGCGUCCCAGCUGGACCGGCUCUCCCGGGGCCCGAGGAGAGGCGGGGAGCUGCACAUCGACGACGAGGAGGAGGAGGAGAAGAUAGAGAGCGUGGAGCAGAGCACCCAGCGGGUGAGGGAGUUCCGGCAGCUCACGGCCGACAUGCAGGCCCUGGAGCGGAAGAUCCAGAGCAGCAGCUACGAGGCCCCCUCGGACCACCUCCUCCGGGAGAACGGGGAGGGCCGGCCUCCGGAGCGCCGGUCCGUGGCCGCGGGCGCCGACGAGAACAUGCACGACGUGGUCCUGUACCGCAGGGGCCCCGGGUCCCGGAGAGACGCCGCCGUGGGGACCCCCGUCACGGAGACGAGGGAUUCCGGGGUCGGCGUGACGGAGGCCAUGCUCGGGGUGACCACCGAAGCCGACAGGGAGAUUGAGCUGCAGCAGCAGACCAUAGAGGCCCUGAAGGAGAAGAUCUACCGCCUGGAAGUGCAGCUCAAGGAAACCACCCACGACCGGGAGAUGACCAAGCUCAAGCAGGAGCUGCAGGCCGCCGGGUCGAGGAAGAAAACCGACAAAGCCACGAUGGCCCAGCCGCUGGUCUUCAGCAGGAUGGUGGAGGCCGUGGUGCAGACGCGGGACCAGAUGGUGGGCCGCCACGUGGACGCGGUCGACGCGUGCGUGGGGACCUCGGUGCAGACGAGCAGCGUCGGCACCUCCUGCCGGCCCCUGUGUGAGGACAAAGCCACGGGGCCCGAGCUGCCCAUGCAUUGGUGGAUUGUGAAGGAGAGGGUGGAAACGCGUGACCAGGGCACGGGGAGGGCGGUGGAGACGUGCGACAAGGGCGCGGGGGCGGAGAUCAGCGUCUGCGAAACGGGCAGCAACACGGAGGAAUCGGUGAACGACCUGGCGCUGCUCAAGACCCACCUGAACCUCAAGGACGUGCGGUCCAUCGGCUGCGGGGACUGUUCCGUCGACGUGAUCGUCUGCCCGCCCAAGGAGCGCGCCUCCCGGGGCGUGAGCACGGAGCCCGCGGCCCGGGCGGAAGCCGCCGUCAUGGCCGUGCCCCGCACCGCCAGCCGGCACACCAGCACGGCCGUGGAGCAGGCGAGCCGGUCCACCAGCACCGAGGCGGCCGCCCUCGUCGAGUCCUGCACCAACACCUCCUCCCUCAGCACAUCGGACAAGCAGACCAGCACGGGGAGCGUGGAGACGCGGACCGUGGCGGUCGGAGAAGGCCGCGUCAAGGACGUGAACCCCUCCGCCAAGACGCGGUCCGUCGGAGUGGGCACGGUGCUCUCGGGCGGCUCUGGGCUGGACAGGCCCUCGGCCGUGAAGACCAAAGAGUCCGGCGUGGGCCAGAUCAGUAUCCACGACAACUACCUGGUGGGUCUCAAGAUGCGGACCAUCGCCUGCGGGCCGCCCCCGUUGACCGUGGGGCUGACGGCCAGCAGGAGGAGCGUAGGUGUCGGGGAUGAGCCCGUAGGGGAGUUGUCGGAGGGCCCCUAUCCCCAGGCUCCUUCCGGGAUGGUGGCCGGCCUGGAUCACUACAUCGAGCGCGUCCAGAAGCUGCUGGUGGAGCAGCAGACGCUGCUGGCCGAGAACUACAGCGAGCUGGCGGAAGCGUUUGGGGAGCCCCACUCGCAGAUUGGCUCUCUCAACUCGCAGCUCAUCAGCACCCUGUCGUCCAUCAAUUCCGUCAUGAAGUCUGCGAGCACCGAGGAGCUGAGGAACCCCGACUUCCCCAAGACGAGUCUGGGUAAAGCCGCCGAAUCACACACUUCUUCCCCCUUCUCCUUCCUGACAGGAAGUAAUGUGGAAUACACCUGUAGGUGUGGAGGCCUACAGUCAGGAGGACCGUUGAACACGCAGACACCCCGACAGGGACGGGAGGAGGGGUGCACAGGAGGAGAGCCCGUCUGCAGCCAGGAAGCCUUUCCCGCUCAGGAAAGCACGCUGUCGGCUGUGAACCUGACUGACGACCAGAUAGCUGCUGGCCUCUACGUGUGUGCAAAUAACGAAAGUACACUGAAGUCCAUCAUGAAGAAGAAAGAUGGCAGCAAAGAUUCAAAUGGAGCGAAGAAGAACCUCCAGUUUGUCGGCAUUAAUGGAGGGUAUGAGACCACUUCCAGUGAUGAUUCCAGCUCAGAGGAAAGCUCUUCUUCCGAGUCAGAUGACGAGUGUGAUGUCAUUGAGUACCCUCCUGAGGACGAGGAGGAGGACGAGGAGGACGAAGACACUCGGGGAAUGGCGGCAGGGCACCAAGCAGUUAAUGUGGAAGGUUGCAAGUCCGCCAGGGUGGAAGAUGAAGUGCAGGUUCAAGAAUGUGAACCUGAGAAGGUGGAAAUCAGAGAGAGGUAUGAAUUAAGUGAAAAGAUGUUAUCCGCGUGCUACUUACUGAAAAACAACAUAAAUGACCCCAGAGCUUUGACCAGCAAGGACAUGCGGUUCUGCCUGAACACCCUGCAGCACGAGUGGUUCCGCGUCUCCAGCCAGAAGUCGGCGGUCCCGGCCAUGGUGGGGGACUACCUGGCGGCCUUCGCGGCCGUGUCCCCCGAGGUCCUGCGCCACGUCAUCAACAUGGCGGACGGCAACGGCAACACGGCCCUGCACUACAGCGUGUCCCACUCCAACUUCGAGAUCGUCAAGCUGCUCCUGGACGCGGACGUGUGCAACGUGGACCACCAGAACAAGGCGGGCUACACCCCCAUCAUGCUGGCCGCCCUGGCCGCCGUGGACGCGGAGAAGGACAUGCGGGUGGUGGAGGAGCUCUUUGGCUGCGGGGACGUGAACGCCAAAGCCAGCCAGGCAGGACAGACGGCGCUCAUGCUGGCGGUCAGCCACGGGCGGAUAGACAUGGUGAAGGGCCUGCUGGCCUGCGGUGCGGACGUGAACAUCCAGGACGACGAGGGCUCCACCGCCCUGAUGUGCGCCAGCGAGCAUGGGCACGUGGAGAUCGUCAAGCUGCUGCUGGCCCAGCCCGGCUGCAACGGCCACCUGGAGGACAAUGAUGGCAGCACGGCGCUCUCGAUCGCGCUGGAAGCAGGACACAAGGACAUCGCCGUCCUCCUCUACGCCCACGUCAACUUCGCCAAAGCCCAGUCUCCGGGCACCCCGAGGCUUGGAAGGAAGGCAUCUCCUGGCCCCACCCACCGAGGCUCUUUCGAUUGAUUGUGUACAACUAGCCACCCACUUACAUGCCACCACGAAGCUGCUAACUGUUCCUGCCGGGGUGACAGAUACUGAAUGUAUGCGUAUUGUGCCUGAGCUCACCAGCAACCAGAAUGCAAAAGGCCAAGGGGCAGAAGACUGGAGCUGCCACUGUGGAUGCUGAGCCAGGAAGCGAUCGCCGGCGGGCACAUCCCGCCUCCCUUCCAGCCAUCCUCCCUCGGUGGAGGGCACACUUGACCCCCGGGUGGCACUGUUGCUGUUGAGUCUCUGCCCCGUUAUGAACAGUGUAGGAAACUGUAACCUAACCUGAGCAGGCAACUUCUCCACCUUCUCCCCGCCCGCCCCCACCACUGAAGCGAGUGUCAGGUUCUCGCCCGCACAGUGUGUUAGCUUUCUCCUCAAGCGUUUGUAGGUGCUGGUGAGGGACUAUCGGGAAGCUCUGCAGAAAUUCCAUUUCAGGAUGGUUUUGUUGAUGUUUUUGUUUUUCUGUAUUAUUUUAAAGCAAGUUGAGAUGACUUUGCUCAUCAGCAACUUGAGCCUGGGCUGGUAGGUUUCUGGGUUAAAAUGAAAAGAUGGAACUCUUUAAAAAAAAAAAAAAAAAAGUAUAACACAUACAAAAGGAAAUCUUUUUUCAGUUGGUUUUAUCUCGGUGGAUGUAUUAUAUGCCUUUUUUUUUAAUAUAAAAGAUAUCUAUAUAAAAUUGACACAGUAUUUUCAACUUUUAUAUUCCGUGGUAAUAAAAGACAGGAGGAACUACAUGCGACAGUACCAUAUUUUUAUUAAUAAUUGCACAACUCUUUUUACCUGAUGAUAGAGGUUGAAUUGUGUUUAGAGGGACUGGCUCAGAAAUACUGGCGUAGUUCUCCACGUAUUUAUGGAUUCCUUGAUGCCGUGUCACACUUACCAUGGCCCUAUAUGUAUUUAAAUGUUUGAAGUGCCUUAGACUCUUGCCAUAUUUUCAAAAUAAAAUUUCAUUAAGCUC